CUGUCUGUGUAAAAUAUCAGAAAGUCUUCACGGACGGAGAGAGCCAUUGAAUUGAAGCCAAAUCAACAUUUGACCCGUAAAGAGCAAACCCCUCGGCAUGGCGAUGGCGAAGAACGUCCGGGCUUUCUUCCUCGCCCUUCUCCUCCUCGCGUCCCCUUUCCUCCUCCAAGUUGCCAGGUGUGAAACGGAUUCAGAGCCUGAAGAUACAGAGACUUCUGAAGAAGGUGGUGAGCUUGGAAUUGUGGGUGAGGACGCGCAAGCUUUUGGUGAUGGGAACUUAAGUCCAGCUCCUGGGGUUGAAACUGUUUGCAUUUUCCCGAAGAAUGGAGCACGAUUGGUCCCAGCCGGAGAAGAGACAGAAUUACUAGUUGGAAUGAAAAAUGAUGGUGAAUUGAGCUUGAAUGUAAUCGCGGUCAGGGCCAGUGUUCAUCUUCCAUUUGAUCAUAAUCUACUGGUUCAAAACCUCACUGCUCAGGCUUUCAAUAACGCAUCAGUUCCAGCUUCUACACAGGCCACCUUCCCUUACAUUUUUGCUGUCAGUAAAUACUUGCAGCCUGGAAAUUUUGAUCUUGUGGGAACCAUUUACUACGAAAUAGAUCAGCAACCUUAUCAGAGUAUCUUCUACAAUGGUACGAUCGAGGUUGUUGAGGUUGGUGGCUUCAUCAGCAUGGAAUCGGUGUUUCUUUUCACAUUGGGGAUCGCCCUUCUUGUCCUCCUUGGUUUAUGGGUUCAUGGUCGUAUACAGCACCUCUCCAAGAAAACCAAGAGAGCACCAAAGGUUGAAGUUGGGACAAAGACCACAGAUGCAUCUUUGGACGAAUGGCUUCAGGGAACUGCUUACACUCAAUCUCUUUCCAGCAAGUCGAAGAAGAAGAAAUAGAUCAUGGGAUUAAGACUGCUAAUCCUGCUGAUACUGAUAGUCAAGUAGCAGCUCGGGCCAUUGAAGUAGUAAACUCGCACUAGACACUAUGGAGAAUCUGAGAGUGCAAGAAACCUUCGAGACAUACACGAAAUUUAGUUUUAUUUCCAGAGAAACCUGCAUUCCUGUUGUAGCAUGGACGAGGAAUUUUUCAAUUUUCUCCUUUGCAAUUUUUCGUUUCCUGAUGGAGGUUUUGACUAUUGCAUAGUUUGGCUUUAGAUAUGUGAAGAGAGCAGAAAUUUCUCGAGCUAGUGUUUAUCUAAAAAUUAUAUUCCGAAUUGUUAUUGUUGAGUUUUGCA